UGCCCAAAAAAACACUCUUUGUACCUUCAAAAAAAUAUGGAGAACAAAAGAGUGGCCAUGUUAGUGGUGAUGAUGUUGGUGAUGGGGAACACGUCGAUUGAGGCAGUGGCUCUGCCGAAAAUGUCUUUUAAAGUAUGUUACGGAGGUUGUCUUGUGGCGUGUGCUCUAAUAGCGCCUGCGAUUAAAAAACCUUUUUGUCCUUUUUUGUGUAUCAAGGAUUGUAAACGUCGACCUAUACUAUCUUUUGAGGCAAAUCUUAAAGAAAUUGACCAGACUGAUUCUUUCUGCGAACUCGGAUGUGCUACCGAUCGUUGUGUUUCAUCCUCCUCAAUUGAUGAUAAGGAUCACGUGGAGAAAGUUUCAGUAUGCGUGGAUUCAUGUUCAGAAGAGUGCUCUCACAAGAACUAAAGUCGCUAUUGAUUUUAUUCUAUGAAAAUUAAUGUCUAAUUAAAAGAUAUAAACCAGUACUAGUAGAGGUUGUAUCGAUUAAACAUUCUCCAAAUGAGAAUUUAUUUUCUGAGUUGAUAUAUGCUUUGUGUUACGAUCAAGCCAAUUGCUAAAACCAUCCAUCCGAAAUAAAGAGACUUUCAUAAUAAAGAAAAUGAUGUUCAUGAUAAUAUUGUGCAGACUCACCAACAUAUUUUAUUUUAAGGUAUGCAUCUUGAAUCUAAUUCGAUGAAUCUCAUUCCUAUCCGUAACAAAAUUUACAUUAAUUUGAUCAUUCAAGACUAAACAUGUUUGAAAGUUGGACCAAAAUAAUGUGUUAAAACUUUAAACACAUCAUGUGCAUGUUUAUUUGCUAAAUGAUUCAAAAUUGAACCAACACACACAUUCUUACGCUUCGAAUCCGAAUGUUCACAGGUGAUCGAUGGGGACAUUAUGUACGUAAUCAGAUCAAAACUGAUAAAAAAUGAUAGCCAAUUUUAUGCUUGAGAACCGAUAGCCAAAUGCCGCUUAACUUUGUUUUCUUCCCGAAAUAAAAACCAUAAUCCAGUACAAAGGCUGCUGUUGGUUCUCCUAAGACAUGAGAGACUCUAGACCUUUCAGAGGGUUCAGUUCUA